AUGUCACAGCCCGACAACGAACCUACUGCCCCAGUCGCGAACCUCCUCAUCAAGAGGUUGUCCGAAAAAGCAAAACUCCCCACCCGUGGCUCCCCUCUCGCCGCAGGUUACGACCUAUACAGUGCUGAACGCAAAGUUGUACCCGCACAUGGCAAGGCGCUUAUUGACACUCAGAUUUCCAUUGCUGUUCCAGUUGGAACAUAUGGACGCGUCGCUCCUCGAAGUGGCCUUGCAUCAAAAUUCAUGAUCGACACCGGAGCUGGUGUUAUUGACGCGGAUUACAGAGGUGUUGUCUUCGUCCUUCUGUUCAACCUCUCCGACAAGGACUUCCAAGUAGAGGAAGGCGACCGUGUUGCACAACUGAUUAUUGAGAGGAUUUACACACCUGACGUCCUCGAGGUCGAUAAUCUUGAUGAAACCGCACGUGGUGCUGGUGGUUUUGGCUCCACUGGAGGCCAUACACUCCUCACCGCCGCCCCUGCUCAAUGA